AUGAGUUUAAAUACAAAAUCAUCCAGCAGAAUCAAUGGGUGGUCGUUGCCAAUUCAUCCUUUACAAUGUCUAUCCUGGUUCGCUACUGCUCUGUUCUCGAUAAUCUACUUUGGAAUACUCGUCCCAUCUAUCGUCAUUCGAGCCAGAAUUCCUCUUUUUACUAUCAAUGCCGUGUGUAUUGCUGCUUAUAUUGUUCUUAAUAUAAUUGCGGUGAGUAUUAAUCCAGCUGAUACAGCUGUCAGAGAAAAACAAAAAUCGCGUGGAAAUAAAGUUUCCUCUUUGGAUCCUAAACAUGUACAUGUGAUUGAGAACUUUUAUUGUAAUUUGUGUGAGCUGCCAAUCUCAAGUUCCCGAACAAAACACUGCAAAAGUUGCAACAAAUGUAUCGCUGAUUUUGAUCAUCAUUGUAAAUGGCUUAAUAAUUGUAUAGGUAGUCGCAAUUAUACAUAUUUUGCUGGGAUAAUCACAAUGGCUUGUCUGUCACUUAGUAUAUCCACGAGUCUUUCUCUGUCCUUGGCUGUCGCAUAUUAUUCAGAUCGUCCAUAUGGAUAUUGGAUACAAGCAUAUCAGGAUUACUGGCAAACAUUCACCAAUGGGACCAUUGAACAUCUAGAUUAUUUAAUAAACAAUGAUGGAGUUUUCCGCAUAUUCGGUUUAAAUUCAUCUGGAUUGGUUUUCUUUAUAAUCGCUAUUGCUGGAUGUUUAUUUACUUUUUGCAUUGAUGCCUUUUUGGUGCAUCUAAUAAUCUUUCAUAUAUACUUGUAUAUAAAAGGUAUGACAACAUAUGAAUUUAUAGUUUUACAACGUCAAAAAUCUAAUCCAUCUACUGAAAAUCAAACAUCUAAUAAUGUGGAUCAAAGUAAAAAGAAAAAUCUAUUCUGUAGUAUUAAAUAUAUUGAUUUAUGUGAAAAAGAAGAUAUUGCUGAAAUGUCAUCACAGAGUCAAUCAAAUGGACCAUUUACUACAAGUAGUAAAGUUGUUUUAUCUUUACCAUCCACUGGUAAAUCAUCCGAUCAACCAAUUGUAACAGGUGAUUUAGCCAAUAAUAGCAGUAGUAUUUGCUCAGAUAGACCACAAACUAUCUCUAAUAGUAAAAUAUUUUCAGAUGGAAAAGAAUGUCUGCCUUCUAUUUCAACGUUUAAUUUCAUAUCAGAAAGUACACAACGAGAUAAUCCGGUAUAUUUAUCGUCCCUAGGCAAAAAUUCUGAUUUACCUCUUGAUGUAAAUAAACGUGAUCUAACACGGGUAGAUAGUGAUGUUUCACAAGAUUUGAGUUAUUAUAACACUAGUGGUGAUGAGAUUCUCAGCACAAGAGCAAUCACAGACGAAAUUGAGUUGAAGUCAAUCAGCCCAAGUGAUGAACUUGUUUCAUCUGAACGAAUCACCGACUCUACUAUUACACAAUCCAAUAGUACAGAAUCUACAAAUACACUUACAAAAGAGGAUGAUAGUUCAGUGAUACCUAAGGUACCUCCAGUAUUACGAAAAACAUAG